GGUUGUAACUCAAUGUAUUAAUUGCUAUUUGCAUAAUAGGGUUUAUUGUGAGUUUGGCAACAUUUUGUAUAUAAAGUAGGAUUGCCCACGUAUUCGUGUGUGUCAUCAUUCGUAUCUGAUCUUGAACAAAAUGAAGUUACGCGUCCGUUUUCAAACUCGUACCGUUGUCGUUAGUUUGGACGAUUCGAACGUACUAACAGUUUUACACGUGAAAAAUCAAGUACGAGAGAUUCUAAAUGAUCUCCAGCUUCCACAUAACACAAGUUUUGCAUUGAGUCUAAAUGGGAAGACAAGCAUUGGCAACGAUGGAGACUUACUUAGUGCAGCAGGAAUCGUUUCAGGAGAUUUACUUAAAGUACUGAUCAGUGAUGAAAUACCAACAGAUCAAAUCAGCUCAGUACAAGAUUCGGUGAGCAUGACAUCUGUUAGAACUGAACAGAUGGAUCCAGUUGAAGAUGCUAGCAAUGAAGACGAUCAGCCAGGUACUUCAGAUGCAUUUGAGGUACCUUGCUAUCAUCCAGGUCCUCUUUUAUUACAAGAUUACAAAGCAGGACAGCAGCUACCUGAUUAUCUACAGCAACUCUACAGCUUGGAAUCAGUGAAAACUGACUUUCAUGCUAUCUGUUUAAUUCUGCACAGCUUUAUGCUGGAAAGUGGUUUUAUCCUUCAGGGUUUGAACACACAGCUGCCUCCUGAUCUAGAGAAUGCAUUGAAGUCGUUUGUUGUGAACUUGGAGUACAAACAUCCAGCUGGGAAUGAUUUGCAUUUUUCUAUGACGUGUAAUCCACUCGGACAGUUUGUGUUGGUAAACGGUUUGGUGCGACCAUGCAGCAAUACUGAGGAACAAGUUCUAACAUUACAAGUCAAGUCUACCGAUUUUGUGAAGAAAUUUAAUGCAGAUUCAAAGCCUUCUGAUAGCAGUCAGGUGUUCAAAGACCUCACAAAACUUGCACACAGUUUUAAGGAGAAUGUUGCGUACAGAGCAAUUGACAAUAUGAGAGCAGAACUUCAACUUCCACCAAUCCAUGGAAUGCUCUCUUUGUUUCCCGAGCUUUUGUUAAGAAUCCUCUCACAUCUGGAUGUUGGGAGUUUGUGUGCCGUUUCACAGACAUGCCGGAUUCUUUGUGAUGUUGCAAAAGAUGAUAAUCUAUGGAGGAGUCUCCUCAUCAAAGACUUCAAUGCUGUGCCAAGAGAGAUGCAAGGAACUUCUUGGAAAGAGGUAUAUAUGCAACGUUACAAAAGAAAACAACAGAGACAACAAGAACGUCAGCGAAUUGCAAGAGAACAAGAUUUUUUUUACCCAGUUACACCUGAAACACCACAGUUUCCCGGACAACCAUUUGGUCCUAACCACCCAACUGCGCAACCCUUUCCUGGCCAACCACUCGGAAUGAUAGGUGGAGAUUACGAUUUGGAUCCUACGUUUCCUUUUGGUCCUCUCGGUGGAAGAGGGCGUGCCAACCCAUUUAACCCAAAUCCUAUCGGGCCCAUGCGCCCAGGCCCCCACAAUCCACUGCCAGGGUCCCGGUUUGAUCCCAUGAACCCCCAUCCUGGGGGUUUUAGACCUGGAAGAGGAGGAGGUAUGAUGGAUGAUAUGAACUUUGGAUUGCCUGGAUUACCAAACCAGCAGAGAAACAGAAGAGGUUUUGGUGGAGGUGGCUUUGGUGGUUUUAUGUGAAAUGUCCUGCUUAUCACUGCCAUUCUGACAUUGUUGUCCUUUUAAUGUUCCACACUAUUUUGCUUGAGUGUAAAUAUCAGAUCCGCCACUGUGUUUAUUGGUAAUUCGGAUCAUAUGCCUUUGCAAGUUGACUGGUUGUGUAAAAGUUCGAAGCAGCAAUAAAAUGGCUUAACUUUUGUUGAAA